GUUGUGUUUUUGUUUCUAUUGUUUUUUCCAAUCAUCCUGCUUAAUUGUAUCGACUCUUCCUUGUCGCAUCAUCAAGCGUCAUAUCACCCUACGCGCUACGACGGUUGAUCUCGAACGUGUUAGACUCUAAAAAUAGCUUUGGAGUUUUGGGAUGUUGGCUGAGUGAGUGAGCGCGGAGGCCUCGUCUCAUCAAGCACCUCGGGUUACUCGGCCUCUCGGCCUGCCGAUCGCCAGGUGAGGUUUGUGUUUCACCGCCGGUGUCCAGUUUGGAUAAUUGCACGCACUGUCGGGAGAGCAAUUUGAUCCUGGAGCGUGAGUUAUUUUUAUGAUUUGUCAGGCUCCCUAUGACUGUUUUGAAUUCUGCUUCUGGAGAUCCGUGAAUUGUUGCUUUCUGUUGCCUGUGAUUGACAGUGAGUUGUCUGUGUCUGUGCACAGUCUCCACAGCGCCGCGGUCGCAGCAGAAGCACCAAGAUGCCUGACACAAUGUGUUAUGUCCAAGGAGCCCUCUUCCAACCUGGAAAGUGCUAUGCAGAUGCUCAUCAAAACCUUCCACAAGUACUCGGGCAAGGAGGGCGACAAGUACACGCUGAGCCGGGGCGAGCUCAAGGAACUGUUGCUGGAAGAGCUGGGAAGCUACUUGGGGAACUCCAAGGACAACGAGGCAGUGGAGAAGAUCAUGACCGACCUGGACGCUAACAACGACGGAGAGGUGGACUUCACCGAGUUCAUCAUCCUGAUGGGCGCCCUCACCGUAGCCUGCAACGACUUCUUCCUGGAGUUCAAGACGGACGACAAGCCCAAGGGCGGCGACUCGGCCGAGUAGGAAGAAAGAAGAGAGAAGGGAUUGAAGGAAGGAAGGGGGAUUUGGGGAUGCGGGGUGGGGUGGGGUUAUGCGGGGGUUGGGGAAGGGUUGUAAAUCACAGGAGAUGAGGGACAUUUUUGUGGCGCCUUUACGCAAUGUUUAAACAACACAUGUACACCGCUGUGCCUUCAUUCAAGAGCGCAGAGCAGGACACGUACGUUACUGUAUAUACAAUUUGCCCAGAGUCUCCACUUGGCUGCACUUUGCCCUCAUUCUCCACUCGAAUGAAAUGAGUCUCCUCUUAAAGAAGAUGCUAAUUCACCAGCUUUGCUACCAUUCGUGCAAACAACGCUACCCGGCUAGAUAUAAAACAUGUUAACAUUAGCUUAGCCUGUUGCCACAGUCUCCAUUUGACUGCACUUUGCACUCAAGUCUCUUCCAUUGGCAUUAAUCCGGCAUGCCUUUCGCCGUUUCCAUCCAUUCACCAUCAGACGUAUCACCCGCUAGAAUGUUAGCUCAGUCCACCCUCUCAGCUCGAUUGCACUUUGCCCACAGUCUCUUUUCAAGUUAAAAAAUCCUUCGUAUUCCUCCAUUGUUGUUUGCUCAUGGCGACGGAUGCGUGCCGUGGUUCUCACAGUGUCUGUACCCUUGAUGUUUUUUGUCACUUGCCUUGGAAGAGGUCUUCUGAGCUAAUUCCCACUGAAGGCUAAAUUAAAAUGACACAGUACUUGAGACUAAAGUUUCAACGCAAAGGUCAUUGAAUGCAACACUCCUCAAAGCACAAAAAUGCAGGGUUUUUGAAUGUUUCUUGAGCGGAACAGACAAAAGGGGACGAGAAUGUGGACAUAAUAUUGAAUCAUGGCUGAUUGUAUUAUUAUGUUGAGCACUGGAAUGUUUUUCCCUCUUUGCACUUUUUUUGUCAUCUUUUUUUCUUUUUUUUAGUAAUGACUCAUGCAUUCUUUCCAAUUAUUAAAUGUGAUAUUUAACCGAAUGGCAGUGACUCUUUC